UCAUUGUUUGGAAAAGUGAAUUCAAUGACCACAGAACUAACAGAUAUGAGAUUAAAUAUAACUUAUAAUAAGCUACUCAUAGAAAGUAUUGCCGUUUCCACCGAAGCACACAUUCGCUUCAAAAGAGCACCUGAUGGUAGGAAUCCCGACUACGAUUAUAAUCCCGAAGACGUUACAAGUACUUUGCACUCGCCAUCAGUAAUAGUGGACCCGUACUCCUAUCCCGCCAUAAAAGAUAGUCUCGGAGUUAAUAAAAUCGAGGGACGGAAUGGCAUUGAAGAAUACAGUACUACCGAAGCGAUCACAUCGACUGAAAUAUAUUUGUGGGAAGACGACGACGGGGCCCAAGACUACGAGACGACCACCACAACACUUAUCAUAGAUUUGAACACUAAUUACACGAGUAAUUACACGACUACUGAACGUAUGUUUAGUGCCAACACUUGGACGCCCACUGAGACCACAACAGCUCACAGACCCACUCCUCGCACCCCUUUGAGGAGGAGGAAGACAACGCCAAUGACUACAACCACCGAACAGUGGAAGGGAACUGUUGUCAGUGUCAACACCUCCUGGUCUUCGGAGACCACUAUUAGUCAGCGAAUGAGUCCCGAAAUGUUUCGCUUGAAUAUAGAGAAGAGUUGUGAUCCGAGAGACAAGUAUAACGUCACUGAAGAAGACUUAAUGAGACUCAAUGAGACCGAUAGAGACAAACUCCGCAAACUAUGUUGGGAGACCAUGUUUGGACAGGAAUUGGUUAAACUCACGAUUAUGGAUGUCGUGCUCACUGUCAUCUCCAUAUUGAUCAGUGAUUUCUUGAGGGCUCUUAUUGUCAGAUAUUGCAAUGACUGCACCUGUAUUUGCUGGGACCUGGAAAAGAGAUUCCCAGGAUAUGGAGACUUUAAAAUAGCUGAGAAUAUCUUGCAUUUAGUGAACAAUCAGGGAAUGAUCUGGAUGGGUAUGUUUUUCUCGCCGGGUUUGCCGGCACUAAAUACCGUCAAAUUAUGUUUGUUAAUGUAUGUGAGAUCGUGGGCUGUCCUCACAUGUAACAUACCCCAUGAGACCGUGUUCAAGGCCUCCAGAAGUAAUAAUUUUUACUUCGGUUUAUUGCUUAUAAUGCUAUUCCUAUGCACUUUGCCGGUGGGGUAUGCGGUGGUGUGGUUGGAGCCCAGUUGGCAUUGCGGACCAUUCAGUGGAUACAACAGAAUAUACAACAUUCUCACCAAUUAUAUUGAGUCCAAACUCCCGAAUACCAUGAAUAAAGUGGUCGAUUAUCUCACAUCUCCCGGCGCUGUCUUCCCAUUACUCUUACUAUUAGUUCUGUUUAUCUAUUACUUGAUAUCAAUGGUUGGAUCGCUUAAAGACGCCAACAAAGAGCUAAAGUCACAGAUCCGUAAGGAUAAGGAUGUGUCCGAAGUGGGAGGUGUGGGAGGAAUGGUGGCCCCGGAGAUCAUCGCAGAGCCCCCGCCUGAGAAGAAACACGUCCGCAUCAGAGAGGAUACCAUUCCCGACACCAACGAUAAGACUAAACUCAUCCAAAGCCGCGUCAAUAGUCAGGACUCAAACAAAUGAUACAUUCAUUCAAACCAUUGUUUAUCUUAUAUAUCGUGUCUCAUAACGAGUC